AUGGCCGAGCGCGAGCGACCCAACGGCCGCGACAUGGACGUCGCGGCCGCGGUGCUGACAGCAACGAACGAGGCCUUGACGCAGCUCACGCCGCUGUGGGAGGCCAUGGGGCUGGCCGCGGACGAGCAGCUGCAGCAGAGAGGCGUGCUCGUCGCCGUGGUCAAGAAGAGCUGCCAGCAGAGAGUGGCCGCUUGGCGCAGGGAAGUCGAGCGCGUCACAGCUCGCGUGGCGGAGCUGGAGAGGGACAUUCAGCGCAUUAAGGCGCAGUUCCGGGGCGGCGAGUCGGGUGGCCGGCGCAUCCAGCCGCUGGGCCAGCUGUGUAACGGGCCGCUGCGUGACAGACUCACUGCGUUGGAAACGGAGUUCAAGUUCCUGGACAGUUUUUGCGCUGUGGUGGCUCUAACGGGGGGUGGUGGCGUCCAGGUUCGCGUCAGCCGUGUGGCUGAAAUCGCCAAGCUCCGAGAGCAUUUGAGCCACAUGGACGCCAAGCUGGGCACCACGUCCGCCUUGGUUCGUUGUGUUGAUUAA